AUGAGCAGCAUUGUUUUUUCAAAAGCAAACAACUUUACACCUGCAUUUAAACCAGCUCGUUUUGGGGCCUCAAUUAUUUCGGGCAGCCCAGCCAAGGUUGAGGUUCUCCCCGAGUCGCCUUCAAUUUUGUCAUCUUCAUCAUCAUCUGAGGACGAUGAAAACACGAGCGAAGAAGAGGGUAAUUACCAGAAUAACAACAGCAGCAAAAGAAUGGGAAAGUUGUUGGGAAGAAGUAUGAGCAGUGCAGAAAAAACACACUGGCGACUAGUUGGAAGUGACCGAGACCGGGGGUGUGAGGCAAUGGACUACGGGGCACCAAUGAUGCCACGAUACCCUGCGUUUUGUAAGAAAAAAGAAGGAGAAAAAAGAACGGGAGGAACGGAUGGGAAUAGAGAUGGGAAUAGAGAAGGUGAAAUGGAUACGGAGGUUGUUGCAAUAACGCAUUAUGGAGCAGUGCCACGAGCAGAGAAUGAAGAGGAGUUUGUGUUGCGGAUAGAUUUGAGGGAUGCAGGAAGGUUAGAGCAGGCAAGAAAGAGUGGAGAAAGAAUUGGAGAAGAAGAAGAAGAAGAAGAAGAAGAAGAAAUAAAUAGCAGACAUAUAAGAGAAGAACGACAAGAGCAAAGCCAAGUUGAACUGCGGAUGCCUGUGAUUGAGGUCGAGCCUCGUGGCGGAGGGACUUUGUUUUCUGAGCAAGACGACGAUGAUUCUGGUAAUAGUGCCGAGGAUGACGAAGACGACAAUGAAGACGACAAUGAAGAUGAAGAUGAAGAGGAAGAAGAAGAAGAAGAGGAAGAAUUAAAUUCCCCUACACAAGCUCGAUCAUCUGUUUCAGGAUCCUCCUUGAUCAUGCCAGUACCCUUGACCAGUGCUCCAUACCCGGCCACUGUCGCCGCAACAAGUUCUAUUUCCAUGCCACCUGCUUCUACAGCUUCUCCAGCCGUCACUGUACGAUCACUUGCCGCUUCUGUAUUUUCCUCCACUGCUACCACUGCAACCGCAACUGCUACUGCUACCGCUACCGCUGCUGGUAGUUCCAGGCGCGCUCCAACAACUGGGAGACCAGCUCGUAGCGGUACGUUCAGGUUCGCACCACCAGCAUCACAGCAUUCGUCUUACGCUAGUCCUCUUGCGCAUCCGUUCCAUCGGGCACCGAUUAUGCGUGUAGCAGGUUCUUCAAACAAUCACGGGAGUGGCUCUGCAACAGCAACAGCAGCGGCAACGACAACGACAACGGCAACGGCAACGGCAACGGCAACGGCAACGGCAACGGCAACGGCAACGGCAACGGCAACGGCAUCGCCGACAGUAUCCAGCUCGUCGGUGUUUGCACAUAGACUGUGGCGGGGUUACUCUGCUAGAAACAGAUCUAGUGCAGGAACUAGAAGCCAACAGAGUAGUAGCAGUGGCUCGUCGCCAAUGCCGGAACCGGAUUAUAUGAGAGUAAGUAGGAGUCCUGGACAAGUUGGAGGGUCGCCGCAAAGGCAGCAAGGACAACAAGAGAGUGAGGAUGUGGGAGGGUCGACAUGGUGGAGUCGAGUAGGAAUAUGGAUUAGAAGUGCAGCCAUGUGUGCGUGGUGA